CUUCCAGGCGGGUGCUUUUAUCUCUCUCUGCUGUCUUGACUGCUAGGCUAGCCAGUAAACACAACGAGCGCGGUCUGUUCGCGUCUCAGGGAGUUUAAUGACUAAACAGCCGUGUUGAUAUAUUUAUUUACAGUCUGUAUUGUUGUCUCCUGACCCUCUGCAUGCCUCUGGUUGCGGCUCGGGUUGACUCCACAACACAAUGUGACAAGGAUGCUUCCAGCUAACCUCCCAAACGUCUUCAGGGACCAGAGUAACAGUGUCACUGAAAUUAUAGAUUGAUGCUGGGCCUUGAAUGUCUCGUCACUGCCCUCUAAAGUCGGGGGCCAGAAGGAGUUUGGAGCCGGGCUCUGACAGCGGCAGCAAUGCGGGCUUCUGUGGCGGGCUGCAGGAUGAGCCUGGGCGCGCUCGUUAACGGGCUGCUGGUCUCCGUAGUGGCAGCUCUCCUUUGGAAGUAUACCAAGCUGAGUGAGCAUGCCGCUCUGCUAGAGGAGGAGCUGCACAUGACACAACAGUCCCAGGAGUUCUCACAGGCCCGCAUUGACUACCAUGUGGCCCUGCAGUCUCUCCAGGAACACGGCACCCGUAUGGUCUGCACUGGCAAGAUGCACACUGACCGCAUCUGCCGCUUUGACUAUCUGUGCUACUCCUCUGAGGCAGAGGAGUUUGUCUUCUUCCACUCCAACUCCUCCAUCAUGCUGCCUAAUCUUGGGUCCAGGCGCUUCCAGCCUGCCCUGCUGGAUUUGUCCUCUGUGGAGGAUCACAAUACCCAAUACUUCAACUUUUUGGAACUCCCAGCUGCAGCGUUAAAGUUUAUGCCCAAGCCUGUGUUUGUACCAGAUGUGACUCUAAUCCUGAACAGGUUUAACCCCGAUAACCUUAUGCACAUAUUUCACGAUGACCUCCUCCCAGCCUUUUAUACCAUGAAACAAUAUUUAGACUUGGACGACGAGGCACGUCUCGUCUUUAUGGAGGGCUGGGGUGAAGGGCCGCACUUUGAGCUCUACAGACUUCUCAGCAACAAACAGCCGCUGCUCAAAGAACAGCUGAGAAACUUUGGAAAACUCAUGUGUUUUACGAAAUCCUAUGUUGGCUUGUCCAAAAUGACCACCUGGUACCAGUAUGGGUUUGUCCAACCGCAAGGCCCCAAAGCCAACAUUUUGGUGUCAGGGAAUGAAAUCAGGCAGUUUGCCAAGGCACUCAUGGAUAAAAUGAACAUCACGAGGGCAGAAGAGGCGUGGAAGGAUGGAGAAAGUGUUGAGAAAGACAAGGGUAGAGAGAAGAAAGAUGAAUACAUUGUAGUUUUUAGUCGUUCGACAACAAGGCUGAUACUGAAUGAACCAGAGCUGAUCAUGGCGCUGGCCCAAGAGUUCCAGAUGAGAGUGGUUACYGUGUCCUUGGAGGAGCAGUCGUUUUCCAGCAUCAUCCGAGUGAUAAGUGGUGCUUCCAUGUUAGUCAGCAUGCAUGGAGCUCAGCUUAUCACCUCGCUGUUUCUUCCCAGAGGUGCUGCUGUUGUAGAGCUAUUCCCCUUUGCUGUGAACCCAGAGCAGUACACUCCAUAUAAAACCCUCGCCUCCCUUCCAGGCAUGGAGCUUCACUACAUCUCCUGGAGGAACACGAAGGAGGAGAACACCGUCACCCAUCCACACAGGCCCUGGGAACAAGGCGGCAUUGCCCACUUAGACAAAGAGGAGCAGGAGCGAAUCCUGACAAGUAAAGACGUUCCCAGGCACCUGUGCUGCCGUAACCCAGAAUGGCUCUUCCGAAUCUACCAGGACACUUUGGUGGACAUCCCUUUUUUCCUCGAAGUCCUCAGAGAUGCCAUGAAGACCAAGCCCAACUUGAAGAAAGCCAAACUGGCCAGCAUAGUCCAUCCCGGCCGAGUCAGAGAAGCCCGUUGUCAGACUUCAGUACAAACGCCCAACGAGGCUAAGCUCACCGUUUCAUGGCAGAUCCCAUGGAACCUGAAAUACCUCAAGGUGAGAGAGGUGAAGUACGAGGUGUGGAUCCAGGAGCAAGGAGAGAACACCUACAUGCCUUAUAUCCUCCCCCAACAGAACUAUACCUUUUCUGACAACAUAAAGCCCUUUACCACCUACCUGGUGUGGGUGAGGUGCAUCUUUAACAAGAACCUCCUGGGUCCCUUUGCAGAUGUUCUGACAUGCCGAACUUAAAACAAACACAGGAGCAAUUAAUUGUUUGCUGCAAUCAUAUGGAAACACAUUGAUUACAGCUUGAACAGUGGAGGUUGGUAAAUAUUGUUGACUGUGUAGCUGUUGCACAAAGAUGGUUUUAUAACUGCUGUAGAGUCUCAGUCAGCCAGGACAUGGAAAAAGAAAAUAAACAAAAACAAAACAAGUUUUAUUCUGGAGUUGAAGAUGUUUUGGUUUCCUUCAGAGGAGGGACGCUUUCUCAGUUAGAAAAAACGAAUGUGGAGUUGCAAGCUUUUAAACUGCAUCAGAUGUUUUGUUAUYCUAUGACUUGCUUUAUGUUAUGCUGUGCUAUGCUAUGCUAGCCUGGCCCUUAUCAAUUCUAGUUUCCCUUCACUGCUCCGUCUGGGAUUUCUUCCAUAGACAAGGAUUUCUUC